AAUAGGAGACAAUCUCUCUCCUUUUUUUUCUUUCUUCUGUUUUCUUUCUCUCCCUCUUUCGAGGGUUUUUUUUCUUUUUUUUUUCUUUUCAUUUUUUCUUUUUUGUCAUUUUUAGUUUACAGUUUGAAACCCUAACCCUAAAAAUUUCUUGAUCACUCGCCAUAAUUUGUAAUCAGCUUGUAGACGAUGAUGCAGCAUCAUCAUCGACUUAAACAACAAGCCAUGAUGCAGUACCCUCACCCCGCUCUCCUUGCUGCUCCUCAGAUAGAGCCUAUCUUGAGUGGAAAUCUGCCUCCUGGCUUUGAUCCGGCUACAUGUCGCAGUGUGUAUGUUGGAAACAUCCACCCUCAGGUUACAGAACCUCUGCUUCAAGAGGUUUUUUCGAACACUGGACCCAUUGAAGGAUGCAAGCUGAUUAGGAAAGAAAAGUCAUCCUAUGGUUUUGUUGAUUACUUUGACCGUCGAUCAGCAGCUCUUUCUAUUGUGACCCUUAACGGAAGGCAACUGUUUGGACAACCUAUUAAGGUUAAUUGGGCUUAUGCUAGUAGUCAAAGAGAAGAUACAUCAGGCCAUUUCAAUAUUUUUGUUGGUGAUCUUAGCCCUGAAGUUACAGAUGCUACACUGUAUGCCAGUUUCGCUUCGUAUCCCAGCUGCUCAGAUGCAAGGGUUAUGUGGGACCAGAAGACUGGACGAUCAAGGGGUUUUGGGUUCGUUUCUUUCAGGAAUCAGCAGGAUGCUCAGAGUGCAAUAAAUGACUUAAAUGGUAAGUGGAUCGGAAGCCGACAAAUCAGGUGUAACUGGGCUGCAAAAGGUGCUACCUCAAAUGAUGACAAGCAGAGUUCUGAUGCCAAAAGUGUGGUAGAGUUAACAAAUGGAACAUCGGAAGACGGCCAAGAAAGCAAUGAUGAUGCACCGGAAAACAAUCCUCAAUAUACCACUGUUUAUGUUGGCAAUCUUGCUCCUGAGAUUACAUCUGUGGAGCUUCAUCGGCAUUUCCAUUCACUUGGUGCUGGGACUAUUGAAGAUGUGCGGGUCCAACGUGAUAAAGGUUUUGGUUUUAUAAGAUACAGUACACAUGCUGAAGCUGCUCAUGCUAUUCAGAUAGGAAAUGCUCGUAUAUUGUAUGGGAAACCAAUGAAGUGUUCAUGGGGUAGCAAACCGACUCCACCAGGGACGAGCUCUGGCCCUCUUCCUCCACCACCUGCGGUGCUUAUGCCAGGUCUAUCAAUGCCAGGUGUAUCAGCUGCUGAGCUUGUAGCCUAUGAGCGGCAGAUGGCUUUAAGUAAGAUUGCGGGUGCACAAGCUCUAAUGCUUCCACAAAAUCAACAUGCUUUGAAGCAGGCAGUCAUGGGAAUGGGUGCAGUUGGUGCGAGUCAGGCGAUAUAUGACGGUGGGUUCCAAAAUGUUGCAUCAACACAGCAUCUUAUGUACUAUCAGUAGUAGUAUACUGUUACCACAAACUCCCCUUGAGAAUCUGGGUAGGGAGGAAUAAACAAACAUCUGGACAACUGUAGGACAAGUUUAUGUGAUGUGCCUCGCUAGGUUGCUGUAUUUAUGUUGUGUUUAUGGGAUGAUAUGUUCGCAUAAUGAGUCGUAAUUAUACAAGCUUUAUGUUUUUCUUAAAGUAAA